UUUCCUGCUCUAAACCUAAUACCGAGUACUGACCCGUUUUUCAAGAAGAGAGGUUUCUGAUUACCUGACAGGAGCUCAUAUUUGUACGAAAAGAACAGCAAGAGCACAUUUAAUCUUUUAUGCUACUAGUAUGACAGCUGCACUUUCACUCUCUCAGCUUGCUUGAAGGAUGAGCAACGCAGAGCUAAUUUUCACACGUUCAAGAUUUCCAGACAGGAAUACGCAGAAACUGUGAUAGCUGUUUGUCUGAUUCAAGCACUAAUUGUGUGGGUCCUAGCACGAGUACAACGGGAAAGCAGUGUAUUUCACGGUUAAUACCAGUGAAGAGACACGCAAUGCUCAGUGGAUAAAAGGCUUGUAGUCCCAGCUGGGAAAAUAGUUCCAUUAUCUCCCAGCUGCAUAGACCUUCCAUACGGCUCUGUUCUGCCUCGAUGAACACUGUGGCUUGCUGAGAGCUUGAAACAGUUCUGCAGAAAAUUGUAAAGAUCCUGAGACAUUUCACUGUUAAGAUCUAAUAUCAAGGUAGUCACAGGAAGACGCAUUUUACUUUCCACUGAUUGGAUGGGAGGAAUUUUUGACCUUGGAAAGUGGAGAUGGUGUUGCUAUGGAAACUAAUAAUUCUGCUGCCAUUCAUGAGCUGCAGCACAGGGGAAGAAACCCUUCACGGUCCUAUUUUUAUCCAAGAGCCGUAUGAUAUUACUUAUUCCAUGGGCUCAGCAAAUCCAGAAAUCCUACUGAACUGUACAGCUAAAGGAUAUCCACUCCCAUACUACAGGUGGAAGCAAAAUGGUACAGAUAUUGAUCUUACCAUGAGUUAUCACUACAGGUUGGUUGGAGGCAGCUUGGCAAUCAAUAACCCACAUAAAAACCAGGAUAUUGGAACAUACCAGUGUCUGGCCACAAAUUCAUUUGGAACAAUUCUGAGCAGGAAGGCAAAGCUUCAAUUUGCAUAUCUUGAAAAAUUUGAAAUGAAAACCAGAAGCACAGUGUCAGUCAGAGAAGGACAAGGAGUGGUUCUACUCUGCGGUCCUCCACCGCAUUACGGAGGCUUGUCCUAUACAUGGAUCUUCAAUGAUAACACCUUAUACGUUCAGGAAGAUAGUCGCCGCUUUGUUUCACAAGAAACGGGAAAUCUGUACAUUGCCAAAGUGGAGCCAUCAGACGUGGGCAAUUACACCUGCCUUGUAACGAACUCGAAAGCAGAGCAAAGCGUGCAGGGGCCACCUACUCCUCUCACUCUCCGCAGCGAUGGUGUGAUGGGGGAGUAUGAACCAAAGAUUGAAGUACGUUUUCCAGAAACAACAUACGCAGUGAAGGGCUCAUCUGUUAAACUGGAAUGCUUUGCCCUUGGAAAUCCUGUCCCUAGUAUUAGCUGGAAGAGGUCUGAUGGAAACUCAUUGGCAAGGAAAAUUCAACACAACAAAACCAAAGGAGUUCUUGAAAUCCCAGAUGUUCAGCAGGAAGAUGAAGGCUCUUAUGAGUGCAUUGCAGGAAACAUUCGAGGAAGAAACAUUGCAAGAGGUCAAUUAUUUGUCUAUGCACUCCCGGAAUGGGAAAAAAAAAUACAAAAUGCCUUUCUGUCGCUCUAUGACAGUUUAAUUUGGGAGUGUAAGGCAAAAGGAAAACCAGCGCCUUCCUACAGUUGGUUAAAAAAUGGCCAGCCACUCACAUCAGAGGAAAGAAUUCAAAUAGAAAAUGGAACUCUUAUCAUACCUAUGUUGAAUAUGUCAGACUCUGGCCUCUAUCAGUGCGUGGCAGAAAAUAAGUACGAUACUAUUUAUGCCAAUGCUGAGUUGCGGGUGAUAGCUGCAGCACCUGAUUUUUCCAAAAAUCCUGUGAAAAAAAUGUCUGUUGUUCAAGUUGGAGGUGAAGUUACAAUUGGUUGUAAACCGAGUGCUUCUCCCAGAGCAGUUAUUAACUGGAGAAAGGGCUCAGAGGUUCUGCGCCAGAACAAAAGGGUCAUCUUGCUGGAGGAUGGCAGUCUCAGGCUCUAUAACAUCACCAAAUCAGAUGCUGGGAUGUACACUUGUAUAGCCACAAAUCAGUUUGGAGUUGCCAGAAAUUCAGGGAACCUGAUUGUGAAAGAAAGGACUGUGAUUGCUAUGCCACCUUCUAAUAUGGAUGUAACUGUUGGAGAAAGCAUAGUCCUUCCAUGCCAGGUGUCUCAUGACCCCUCUAUUGAUGUAGUGUUCACAUGGUCAUUCAAUGGCCAUACAAUUGAUUUUAGUAGACGAAUGCAUCAUUUUGAAAGAAUUGGAAGAGAAUCUGUUGGGGAUUUGAUGAUAAGAAAUAUUCAGCUACAUCAUUCUGGGAAAUAUGUGUGCAUGGUACAAACAACUCUAGACAGUCAAUCUGCAACAGCAGAAAUAAUUGUAAGAGGCCCCCCAGGUCCACCAGAAGAUGUUAAAGUUGAACAUGUUUCUAGCACUACUGCUGUAUUAUCCUGGAAGUCUGGAAUAGAUAAUAAUAGCCCAGUCCAGAUCUACAGUAUUCAGAUGAGGACUCCUUUCUCAGUUGGAUGGCAAGCAGUUGCAACAGUUCCUGAAGUCAUUAAUGGUAGGACUCACAAGGCAACAGUGGUUGACUUAAGCCCUUGGGUUGAGUAUGAGUUUCGUGUGGUUGCCACCAAUAGUGUUGGAACUGGGGAGCCAAGCAGACCAUCAGCUCUACUGAAAACUAAAGCAGCAGUUCCUGCCGUGGCACCAACAAACAUCAGCGGAGGAGGAGGGAGCCGUUCUGAGCUGGUCAUCACAUGGGAGCCAGUUCCAGAAGAACUACAAAAUGGGGAAGGUUUUGGCUAUACUGUUAUGUUUCGUCCUCUUGGCGCAACAACCUGGACAAAAGCAGUGGUGGCUUCAGUAGAAGCAAGCAAAUACGUUUAUAGGAAUGAAAGCAUUACACCUCUCUGUCCUUUCGAAGUGAAAGUUGGUGUCUACAACAAUGAAGGAGAAGGGACCCUGAGCUCCAUAUCCAUUGUCUACUCAGGAGAAGACGAGCCGCAGAUAGCACCAGCGGGGACUUCAGCACUGAGCAUUUCGGCGGCGGAAGUGGAGGUCUCCUGGCAGCCCAUCGCAUGGAACCGGCACACGGGCAGGGUGCUGGGCUACGAGGUUUUAUAUUGGACUGAUGAUCCCAAGGAAAGCACAGCUGGUAAAGUCAGAGUCAAUGCGAAUGUGACAGCCAGAAAUAUCACAGGAUUAAAAGCUAACACAGUGUAUUUUGCAACAGUUCGAGCUUACAACACUGCAGGGACGGGGCCCUCUAGUACUCCAGUAAAUGUCACCACUAAAAAAUCACCGCCAAGUCAACCCCCUGUGAACAUCGCCUGGAAGCUGACAAAUUCGAAAAUCUGCUUGAACUGGGAACAUGUAAAAACAAUGGAGAAUGAAUCAGAGGUGCUGGGCUACAAAAUCUUGUACAGACAAAACAAACAUAGCAAAACUCAUAUACUGGAGACAAGCAACACUUCAGCUGAACUUCUGGUACCAUUUGAAGAAGAUUACCUCAUAGAAAUAAGAACAGUUAGUGACGGUGGAGAUGGCAGCAGCAGUGAGGAAAUCAGGAUUCCAAAAAUAUCAAGAGACACUGCUAUCUGUAGCAAAGUUCAAGCACCUAAGAGCUGUUCCAACAUCUCUGCCAGCUGUCUCUGGCAUACAGAUGUUGCUUUACAGUGCCAUAAAGCAAAUGUAACUGUUGUUUACCAUUACUGUUCUGAGGCAUUCCCAAACUGAGGUAAGAAGGAUCCUGUGCCCCUGAUACAUUUGACUGGUCACACCGCAUCACCUGCUACUGGUGGACCUCUUCUCUCAGGACACCCUGGCUGAGGAAAAUCCACCUUUGAAUGUGUCUGAGCCACUGCACUGGAUCCAUCCCACCACCCACGUAAAGUAUCGUAACUUCCUGCAACUUCUCUCUUUCAUUAGGAGCUUGGAAAAUGGAAUUAACUUCAAAGGCAGAUAUUCUCCUGGGUAAAUUCUCUCUGUUUUAAGGCUUUCCAUCAACCAAGGCUUCAAAUCUAUUCUGCAGAACUUCUAAAAAGUUUAAAACCAACCAAACAAAGAAAACAAAUCCAUACAUUAAAUACUGCAACUUCCCUUCCCCCUCCCCCCAAUGAGAAUUCAAUGCUUUUUUUAAGAUGACAAAUUUCAGAUGGAAUUAACGCUCCUGGAGAAUCUGCACAGCUCACAGCAGCUAUAACAGAGCAGGAGGGGAAAAAGGCCCACAAAGGGCCGGAUGAAGAACUAUGGAAACAAAUAAGAAAAGAAAAAGAGAAAACAGUCUCAAACUCCACAGUGCAUGAAUUUUGUCAGUUCCUCUCCCCCCACACCACUCACCAAGGAAUGCCAAAGCUGAUUCCUCUUUGUUUUUAAAUGAGCCCUCAAAGCCAGAAGCUACUUCAAAUACCUGUAUGCCAAUAUAGCUGUAUUACAGCAAACAUACAGAAAAAUCGGUGGAUAAAUCAAUUGUUAAAGCCCUAGAAAAAUAGUAAAAGAGUAAGCUGGGCAGCUUCAGAAAAGUUCUACCGUAGCUGACAGUUUUUCCUGCACGUGUUUUGGUUUAUUUUGUUUUUUAUUGUUGUGGGGCUUUGUUUUGGCUUGGUUUUUAAAAACAAAAUAAAAUGGGAAAGAAAUGAUCAGCUCUGAGCACACAGAAGUUUGGCAGUUCAAUCACUAUUUGAUCUUAUGAGCUUGUCAGAAGAAACACCAUUUUACUGACUGGGGUUUCACACCAACUCCUUUGCUUACUAAAGGUCGGGAGAGGGGCAGAGGAACAUCAACGCAAUUGUCCCAUUAGCAGCAAUGUUCUUCACCGCCACUUCUCUGACUCAAAGACUUGUAUUAAAGAGGCCACUUUCCUGCACACUGCUGGAAUCAAAGCUAAAAUAAAAUAUAUUCUUCACUUUCCCACACACUGACAAUUGCCAGUAUUUGUGCUAAAGCUGGUUGGAAAAUGUUUCGUGAAACAGGUUCCCAUCAGAAAACACUGUUUCUUCAGAGUAAAACAUUCACAGGAACAUGCUGAUUUUUGAUAUUUCUGGGAGAGAUAUUUUCCCGUGAUUCAGAAUUAAACUAUUUACUUUCAAUGUCUCUGAUUCUAUGACUUUUUUUUUUUUUUUUCUUUUGAUGCAUGCACUGUUUUGCUUCAUAUAAACAUUUUACUUAGCAGUUUUGUCAGGCUUAUAACGAGUGAGGUAUCUGGUUUACCAUACCCUCUCCCACUCCAGCUUGCACAGAUAUACACAAGCACAGGCACAUGCUGUUUUAUGUUACAUUAGAAAAUAAUAACAGUUCUCCGGCGUUACCGUAAGAAGACUUUCUAAUGUUUUCAAAGGAAACAGUUCAGAAAAAAAUUUUGAAUCAUUCCAGUUUUCAUUCUCAUUUAUGGUGAUACAAAAUUUUGGAAUUGUCUAGAGGAUGAAACAUUUUUACUAUUAUUUCACUUAAUCUGUUCUGCAUGAGGUUUACAAGUCAGUAUUGCUAUAUUUAUUUUUGCAUAUGUAUAUAUUUAUAUAUUUAUCUAAUUAAAUAUGUUAGGUAAUUUUUUUAUAGAUCAAGAAAUAAUUUCCAUAGAGAACCUCUAUAAACAUCUCCAUUUUCCAGUUCAGAGAUACUCUCUAACAGAGAAAUUCUCCCAAGCUACAGAGUCACAAAAAUAUUUUGAAAAUUUCUCCUAAAGUCUAAACCAUAAAAUAACCCUCUCUUCCCAUAUCUAUCACAAUUAUCUGUUAGAAGAGAGACAUUGUACUCUGUGCCUAUUGCAUUGGUUGGCAGAAGAUGAAAUUUUCUCCAUUAAGUAAUGGAUUUAAUGAAGAGAAUAGUUUGCUUUUAUGGAUUUAUAUUAGGUAUCACUCUUUUCAUCAGGAUGAAUUUCUGUCUCCAAUGAAUGGACAGGUCCAAAAUUGCUGUGGGCAGGGCUGCCCCAGCAGUACCUGGCCAUAGGUGCAGCAUGUGGGACACAAGCAUCUCCUGCAGCUGCUGCACUUUAUAUAUA